AGGGACGCGUCGCUCCUCUCUCAGCCACUGUCACCAGACCUGAGCGAAGGCUACUGCCGCCGCGACCUGCGGGCGUUGAGGGGGGCGGGCGCGCGUGCUGGGUGCCGCGCGGGCGUUGAGGAGAAGGGGCGCGCGCGCAGGGGGUGCCUCGCAGGCCGCGAGGGGUGUCAACAUGUCCGGUAUGGGGACUGGUUCGUGCGGCUCGGGCUCCGGGGCCUGUGGCGGGGGGGUCGCCGCCGUCGCCUCCUCCCCGGGCGGGGGGGUGUCGAUGUUCCGCUGGCUGGAGGUGCUGGAGAAGGAGUUCGAUAAGGCCUUCGUGGACGUGGACUUGCUGCUGGGGGAGAUAGACCCCGACCAAGCGGACAUCACCUACGAGGGGCGGCAGAAAAUGACCAGCCUCAGCUCCUGCUUCGCCCAGCUCUGCCACAAGGCGCAGACCGUGUCCCAGAUCAACCACAAGCUGGAGGCGCAGCUGGUGGAUCUGAAAUCUGAACUGACAGAAACUCAGGCUGAGAAAGUAGUAUUGGAAGAAGAGGUGCAUGAUCAGCUUUUGCAACUCCAUGCCAUUCAACUUCAGUUGCAUGCCAAGACAGGCCAGUGUGUUGAUUCCGGGGCAAUUAAAGCAAAAUUGGAGAGAGAGCUUGAAGCCAACAAGAAAGAAAAGGUGAAAGAAGCUCAACUUGAAGCAGAGGUGAAGUUACUGAGGAAGGAAAACGAAGCACUUCGUCGACACAUAGCUGUGCUUCAGGCUGAGGUUUAUGGGGCAAGACUGGCAGCCAAAUACUUAGAUAAAGAACUAGCUGGAAGGGUCCAGCAGAUUCAGUUACUAGGUCGAGAUAUGAAGGGUCCUGCUCAUGAUAAACUUUGGAACCAGCUAGAAGCAGAAAUACACCUGCAUCGUCACAAAACUGUUAUUAGAGCAUGUCGGGGUCGUAAUGACCUGAAACGACCAAUGCAAGCACCACCAGGGCAUGAACCAGAUUCCUUAAAGAAGAGUCAAGGCGUUGGUCCAAUCAGAAAAGUUCUCCUUGUUAAAGAAGACCAUGAAGGACUAGGCAUUUCAAUCACAGGUGGGAAGGAGCACGGCGUUCCAAUACUAAUCUCUGAAAUCCACCCUGGUCAGCCUGCUGACCGAUGUGGAGGUCUGCAUGUUGGAGAUGCCAUUCUAGCAGUAAAUGGAGUGAAUCUGAGAGAUGCCAAACAUAAAGAAGCAGUAACUAUUCUUUCCCAGCAGAGAGGGGAGAUUGAAUUUGAAGUGGUGUAUGUUGCUCCAGAGGUAGACUCAGAUGACGAAAAUGUAGAAUAUGAGGAUGAAAGUGGACAUCGCUAUCGCUUGUAUCUUGAUGAAUUGGAGGAAGGUGGAAAUUCAGGUUCUAAUAGGAAAAAUGCAAGUGCAGCUGUCAAACCAUCAGAAGUGUUUGAUAAGAAACCAAGUGUUGAUGGACAUGAAAAUGGAGACCUAGGAAAUUCAGUUCAAACUCCCUUAGAAGAGACUGCACCCAAACUAGCUGAUUCUGCUGAGUCCUUGCCCUAAAGAAAUCGACUGGCCUGAUCACUUCUUCAGGAAAGAUGGAUAAUCAGUAUAUAGACUGUUCCAAAUUUUAUAUACCAUAGUAGGUUGUAAAAGGACUAUUAAAAAUCAAAGGAAACCUGUAUUACUGUUGCCUAAAAAAAAUGGCGGUUACCUCAGGGCUUCUUUGUGAGAAAUUCAUAACGUGUAAAGCUCUGUUCUGUGACACACAUUAGUUAACACAUUGCAUGUAAAAUGGAUUUUCCUUGAACUGUGAGCACCAAAGCAUGUGGUUUCCAAAAGAUAAUCUUAAUGCAUUCAGCUUUGGAUCCUAUUGAUGUCCUUGAAGGGUGUAGAAUAAAAUUGUAGCCAGUUUUAUUUUGUUCCUUUGCCACUGAGUAAAAGCAAAGAAUUAACAGCACUUUGAUCCAAACUAAUCUUUAACUGUUAAAAAGGGGAGAAGUGAAUAUUUACCACUGCAUCCCUGAAUUUUCCAUUUAGGUUUUUGAGCUACAAUUAAAGAAGGGGGGCGGAGAGGAAAAGGGGGAACAAAAAUGUCAUGACUCAGAUUUUCAUAAUAGCAAAAAGCAAAUGUUUUAGUUUAAGAAAACAAAAAUGGAAAGAACAACUGUUGAGUAUUGUAAAUUCUGAUCUCCCAAUACAAUCCUUUUACAUCUGAGGAGAUUUUCAGCAUUAUUUAAUUUCUUUAAACAAUUUAUUGCCAAUCAAUGCUGCACUUAAAAUAUUCUCCAAAAAUAUUUAAACAGAGCACUGUUCUGUUUGUUUUUUAAAUGCAAAAUUAGUGUAAAAAUAGCUUAAUGCUUGUUCAGAAUUAUGUCUGCCCUUGUGCAUUGUAUCUGAGCAUCAUACAGUCAGUAUUGGUUAUUGAAUGUAUACUGUUAGAACUGAUAUGAAGUAGUUUUAUACAUUGAGUUGUUCAUCAUGGGCUUGAUCCUAUGAGAUGCUGAGUACUUUUGGAUGGGUACUGAACAUGCUCAAUUCCCAUUGAAAUUAUCUUUAAAUCAAAGGGAGUUGAAGACAUGCCAUAUCUCGCAGCAGGUGCUCAGAGCCAUGAAGUAUCUGGUCCUAAAUGGUAUGAGAGUUCUCUUAGCCUAUAGCAUUUUAAUUGUUACUGUUUAAAUGAAAUACUGUUGCCUUCCAAGAGCAGUUAUAUCCUAAAAUAGAUAAUUGAUGUACAUCUAAAGGCCCAAGGCAUGUUUGGAAAAUGGUGAAGUUAAUGGUGGUUUUCUUGGCUAGUUUCUCAUGCUGUAUCUAUAGAAAUUUUAGUGAAACACAAUAUGCUCCAUAUGCAAACUAUAAAAAAAUGUAAUAGCUUUUAUUAACCCAGGAUAAAGCACGAAAUGCCUGCUCUCCUAUUUACUGCUAUGCAGACUGUUAAACUGUAAUGUGAAAAGAUGAGAUUUUGUAUUUUGAGAGUGAAACUAAUGUGAAAUAACAGCUUUGCAAAUGUUACUGUAUUGAUGUACAUAAAGAGAAAAAAAUCUCUAAGGCCUUUAGAGGAAUAUCAAUUAAUCUAAUGUUUAAUGUUCAAAACUUUUGAUGUAGAACACAGUUACUCAUCCCUCUUAGGAGCACUAUAUAUAUGUUUAUAGAGAUAUCUUUAAAAUGUAUAUACUUUAUUCAAAGAUUUUGCUAUUUAUAAAACCUUUAACUGUUGCUCUUUUCAUGAAUUUUUGUGCAUGGUUCCAUUCACUCAAAAAGCGGUUUCAUUUACAGAAAUUUUUUUUGUGGUAAAGCAUAUUAAAAUACUCUAGAAUAUUGCCUCUAAGCAUAUGUUAAUAUUUAAAAAAAUAUUUAAAUAAUAGGGCUGAAUUCAUAAGAAACAUAUCACCAGUUGCUUAUGAAGGCAUCUUUCUACGCCUCUGAAGCUCCAUGUAUUACAUGAAUUGUUCAGGUGCAUUUUAGCAGAUGAAGUCAUUGCUGUAAUGUUGCAUCCAGAUGUGUGUCACAUCUACUGUCAUUCCAGUAAGGUGUACUCUGAAGCUGAGUGUAGCAUGGAGCUCAUUGUAUUUCUCUGUCAGAGAAGGCAGUUCAGUUUUCACUUUUCUGGUAUUCCUUCUCUGUUUGAAGACGUUAGACAUGGCCUUCUGUCAUGUCUAGGGAAGCUGCAUAGGGAUAUUUAUCUGUGGGAAAGAGGAAGUCCCUUCACCCCCUUGAAGCACCUAGAAUCUUCCAUUUCAAAUACUUUCGGCCAUGUCCAGUUUGAGGUUGGACAUGGUUGCUGAAAUUGUUUUCCUUCCAUCACCACUCUGUUUGCCUGCUGCUUUGAUCAUCCUAUAGGUGAGAUCAGUGAUAGAAGUGGUGUACUGGCUGGGAAGAUGACCAGCAUUGACAAAUUAAUGCCAAAAUUCCCCCCCUGUCAGUUUUUCUGACCUUUGUUUGGGAAGCCCUGAGUUGAACAAUAUUGCUAGGACUUUCUGUGAAAGGAUAGUGUGGUUGUACUCCAUACUUCCGGCUGUAACACUCCAGAUUUAUUGUUGGGAUAGUGAAACUAUUAGAAGUUUUUUUUUUUAAGGUGACACUAGUUUAACUACAAGUUGCAAUAUCUAAAUGCAAUCUAUAAAUACGUUACUCUGUUUUGCCAAUAACUGGAACACUCAAACCCGCUGGUUCCCAGGGGUUGAUUUGAGUUAGUCAUGAAGAGUUUCCAAGGAAAGUAAGAUUUUCAUUUUUUAUUUUUAAAAAAGUAUAGAACAUUGUUUACUUGUAUAUAUUUUACUUCAGAUAAUAAAACAAAGCUCUUAAGAGAAUAGAGUGCAGCUUUGUGUGUAUAAUUCCUUGGCCAUAUUUUUAAAAUCUUCAGUGGAAUAGCUAUCUCUUGGCUUUUUAAAGGUGAAUGGAGUUUGAAGGGAUGUGGGACCACUGCUUGCUAAGAAACAAGCUUGAUGGCAGUAAAGUAACUUGGGUCAUAAAUUGUGUUUUUUGUAUUUCCGUGGUAGAAGUGUAUUUACUACAGUGGAGAGGGUUUGUAUGUAUCUCAAACUUACCACAGAUGUGUUGAUAAUGGAUAUGGUGAGCAAUAUUCAGAUGUUAUUUAUUGUAUAAUCUGUCCAAACACCCUUCCAUCUUGGGUUGGUCUCAUAUCUGUGGAAGGUGUAACAUUUUGCAACAAUUGUAUUAUACCUAGUUAAGCUGAGUUUCAUAUUUUUUUAUUAGCCUGUAAAUAAAGAUGGGAUCUUAUGCAUUA